UACAAGUAAUUGGAAUGCUCCUGUUUUUAUAACUGUACAAACAUACAUACGUAUAUGGAUAACAAGUUACGGUAGAAUUGGGUAACAUUUAGAAUGCGAGACCAUGGAGAAUUUAAAUUUGUAACUCGCCGAAAGAAACGUGCAUCUCACGUUCGAAUCAAUUACGAUUCGAGUAUAUCUUUGCCCGAUGACCAUGAAAAUGAUAAUCAUCCAAAUGUUAAUUACGAAACGCUUGUUGGAAAACUACUUGAAGCAGAAGUUGAACUGAGAAAUUCGUUGUUUUCUGACAAUGUUUUUUAUUAUUUAAGAGAUUCGUUAAGUGCCUUAAAUGUCAGUGGCAUUUCUAAUAUAUUGUGUUAUGGUUUGGGUCACUUUUCUUGUCGCAGAUCUUCCAAGUAUCAAUUGGCGUUACUUUUGUCUUUGAAGAAACGUUACAGCUCUCAGGUGUACAUGUACGAUCCAGUUUUCUCUUUCAAAGAAAUCGAGCUACUGAAAGAAUUUGAUUGUAACGUUAUAGAAGUUAACGAAGAAGGCAAACGCCAUGUCCUUGAUAAUGUUACGUUGAUAUAUAUGCCACACUGUUCGAUACAUUUAAUUAAUAAUUUCCUUUAUGCAAAUUGGUGUAGACAGUUAAAUAGAUGCAUCCUCUUGACAAAUAGCUUCUCUAUUGUUGCGGAUGAUUUGAAAAAAGCAAAUAGAUCCACUCCCGUUGAUUAUAUAUUGCGUAUUCGAUCGUACGUGACAGAAAUCCCCUUAAGAAACAACUUCACAUGCGAAGAGGCAUUUAACGACUUAAGCAUUCAUAUAUUCCUCGAACAGGAUAUUAAUAGGAUUGCUGAAAGUUUUUGGAAUAAACGAGAGGCGCCGUGUUAUCAAGAUGCAGAAAUUGAUUAUUUAACUGCUAAGCAAACGGAGGAAGUAGAUGCUAAGAAUUGUCGCAAGAAAGAUGAAACCUAAUGCAAAAUUGCUUCGCUCCCUUGUACAAGAAAUUCGACAAAUGUCAUCCGGACAAAAUGCAAAGGAUAAUAUUAUGGUACAAUACGU